ACACCAACACAUACAAAGAGUGACUUGGUCAUUAAUAAAUUAGUUUUGUCCAUAUCUAGUUGGGCUCUUAUAUUAAGAUUUCUUUAUUGUCAUUUCCAGUCACUGGGCCGUAAUAAAUUGAUUGGUCGUAGAGGCACCAAUAAUAUCAGGUUGAUAAGAGAAUGGAGAACCAGAAAGCAUCGCCGGCGAACUCAUGUCCUCUGACUCCUUUAGGAUUUCUGGAUCGAGCAGCGACUGUGUAUGGAGAUUGCCCCUCCGUCAUCUACAACGACACCACUUACACAUGGUCUCAAACACACCGUCGGUGCCUCCAGCUGGCUUCGUCGCUUUCUUCAUUGGGCAUCAAACGGGGCGAUGUGGUGUCCGUUAUUGCCCCAAACAUCCCCGCCAUGUACGAGCUUUAUUUCGCCGUUCCAUUCACCGGUGCGGUCCUCAACAGCAUCAACACCCGCCUCGACGCGCGUACAGCCUCAGUACUCCUUCUCCACAGCGAAUCAAAGCUCAUCUUCGUUGACGUCAUGUCACUUUCUCUAAUCCGUGAGGCCAUCUCUCUGUUUCCGAGCGACAGAGUCAAGCGUCCCCUGCUUGUCCUCAUCCAAGAAGAUGAGGUUUUACCAAUCAAUGAUCCCAUUAAUAUUGUCUAUGACAGUUACGAGGAACUAUUGGGUAAGGGAGAUCCGAAUUUCAAAUGGGUUCGACCCGAAACAGAGUUGGAUCCAAUUACAUUGAGCUACACAUCGGGCACAACCUCCGAUCCUAAAGGGGUGGUUCACUGCCACAAAGGGGCCUUCAUUCAAACAGUAACUUCCCUCGUUGACUGGUCAAUACCGAGUCAACCAGUGUAUUUAUGGACUCUGCCCAUGUUUCACGCGAACGGGUGGAGCUUUCCAUGGGGCAUGGCAGCCGUCGGUGGGACGAACAUCUGUCUCCGCAAAGUCGACCCUUCCAUAGUCUACGGUCUGAUCAAUAAACACAGAGUCACUCACAUGUGCGGAGCCCCUGUUGUUCUCAAUUUGCUCUCAAACUCGCCCAAUGAAAAACUGUUACGCCCGGUCGACAUCCUAACGGGCGGAGCUCCACCACCCGCUGCAAUACUAACCCGAAUCGAGUCCCUGGGUUUCCUAGUAACUCACGGGUACGGGUUGACUGAAACGGGCGGGGUAGUCAUUUCCUGCGCUUGGAAGCCACAGUGGAACCGAUUUCCCGCAACAGAGAGAGCAAAAUUGAAAGCGAGACAAGGGGUAGGAAAUAUUGGGUUAGUAGAAGUGGACGUUUUGGAUCCGGAUACGGGAGAGAGAGUGAAGCGAGACGGGUCAACAAUCGGUGAAAUUGUAUUGAGAGGAGGCUGUGUUAUGCUCGGAUACCUGAAAGAUCCAGAAGGGACAUCGAAGUGUAUGCGAAACGGAUGGUUCUACACAGGCGAUAUAGGGGUUAUGCACCCAGAUGGGUAUCUCGAAAUCAAAGAUCGAUCAAAGGAUGUGAUAAUCAGUGGAGGAGAGAAUCUGAGCAGUGUAGAAGUCGAGUCGGUGUUGUACACGAAUCCUGCUGUGAAUGAGGCGGCGGUUGUUGCCAGGCCUGAUGAAUUUUGGGGGGAGACGCCAUGUGCGUUUAUCAGUUUUAAAGAUGGAAUUGAUUGCAAACCUAGCGAGAGGGAGAUUAUUGAGUAUUGUAGGAAAAAGCUGCCACAUUAUAUGGUGCCAAAAACUGUGGUGAUUGAACAAGAACUGCCAAAGACUGCAACUGGAAAGAUUCAGAAGCAUUUGCUCAGAGACGUGGCCAGAGGUUUGGGUCCUUCUAGAGUGAGUCGGAUGUAACUUUGUUUUGGUAAAAAUUUGAUUUCUUCAUGGAGUGUUGUCAUGGGCAUUAUCAUUUGGCGUAUGAUUUACGAAAAUAAAAGAUUGUUAGUCUCGUAACUUUGUCA